AAUUAGUUAAAAGUAAACAAUACAAUUAUAUUGCCUACAAUAACAAAAGUCCAUAAACUUAAAAUUUCUUGGAACAGUGCGUAGCAUUAAAAAAUUGUGUGCAAAAAAUACCUGAAAAGAUUUUGUCAUUUUUUUGGAAUUUUUUGGAGGUCCAAAAAAAACUACCCGGCUUAAAAUAUUGUGUGCAAAUAUAUACCUACAUACCUAUGUACAUAAAUAAAUCUAAAAAAAAAUAAAUCAAAACAUUGGAAGUACAUAUUUUAAGGCGAAACAACAACAAUUAUAAUAGUGUCUGCACAUACAAGCAGUAAUGGACGAGAUACGGUUGAAAAAACAAAAAAUUGAUGUACAGGUGGACGACAAUGACUUUUCAAUUCCAGCCACUGAAAAUAUACAACGCAAAAAGUGUGCUAAAAUAGAUGACGGUCUAGCGAUUAAGUACAAUAAACUUGUCUAUAACUUUGAAAAAAUAAUUAUCUCUAAGCAUUUUCGUAAAUACUGUGUUUUCUUUGAUAUAUUCUCAAAAAGACAUUUAAUAAAUCACAAAUAUCGUAUAGACAAGCUGGAGACACUUAAUCGCUUUGACUUUUCCCCGUACGCCUAUGAACAAUGUAUAUGCUUCAGAUCGGACUUCUCCACCGCCGCCACCACCAAUAUGGGUUUCAUAAUCUGUUUCGAGAGUCUCUUUAUGGAGCGCAAAAAGUAUAGAAAUCACAAAGAGGAGAAGAGCGAGUAUAUGAAACAGCUGUAUAAAAAACAUUCCAUUUUGUUCAAGGACAAUAAUUUUUAUGAUAAUCGAAUCAACGAAUGUUUUAUGCAAAAGAUUCGUAAAUUUGAAGAACUCAAAUCAAUACUCUUGCUAAACGAAAGCCUACGAAAGACUCUACUUAAACACAUGUACUCACAAAUGCCAAACACAAAGAGAUGUCUGCUGUGCAAAAAUACCAACUUAAGCACAUUCGAGAGCUGGCGAAUUGUACGCUUCUCCAAUUGCCUCAACAUGAGUAGCCUUUGUGACAAUGUUCUAAGACUGGAUGAUGAAAUGUUCCUAAUACCCAACUAUAUGGACUGUGAAGUGUACGCGGAUGAUGUACGUAUCGUCGUCUACAAAACAACCAAGGCCAAUAUUGUGCUUCUAUUCGAAGACAUCUUUUACGUCAUCAAAUCUCAUAACCUGAUAAUUAUAUUCGACCUUGAGACGUUUCGAAAGGUGCAAUUUUUCUGUAAUUUUAAUUUUUACUUUAUUAGACAAUCCAAAACGUAUACAGAUACCAAUUAUAUAAAUAUAAAUUGUCAUUGA